AUGAUUAUCUUGUGCCUUUGCUCUUCUAUUACACUUUUCCUGUAUCUUUACAUUCUCUUCCUUAUCCCUUUCAAUAAAACUAAGAUUAUCUAUUAUCUCAUCUGUGAUUAUCCGGUGCCACUGCUCUUCUCUCACCAUUUCUCAUUCUCUCCCUUGUCCCUUCCAGUAGAGAUUCAUUUUUCUUUAUUUCCUAUCAUUUCUUUUGCCUUCUUAGGAAAGAUGGUAUCCGACUGUUCAAAUCUUCUCAGAUACAUUUUCUUUAUUUCCUAUCAUUUCUUUUGCCUUCUUGGAAAGAUGGUAUAUUGCCGACUGUUCAAGAAUCUUUUCUCAGAUUCAUUUUCUUUAUUUCAAUUCAUUUUCUUUUGCCUUCUUGGGAUAAAGAUGGUAUAUUGCCGACUGUACACAGAUCUCAGAUUUUCUUUAUUUCCUAUCAUUUUUUUUUGCCUUCUUGGGGAAAGAUAUCCAUUAUCUCGACAUUUUGUUCAUUUUUUUGCCUCUUCAGGUUUCUUCAGAUACCUUUCUUUUUUCUAUUUCUUUUGCCUUCUUGGGAAAGAUGGUAUAUUGCCGACUGUUCUGAAUCUUCUCAGAUACAUUUUCUUUAUUUCCUAUCUUUUCUUUUGCCUUCUUGGGAAAGAUGAUGGUAUAUUGCCGACUGUUCAUGAAUCUUCUCAGAUACAUUUCUUUAUUUCCUAUCAUUUCUUUUGCCUUCUUGGGAAAGAUGGUAUAUUGCCGACUGUUUUUUCUUCUCAGAUACAUUUUUCUUUAUUUCCUAUCAUUUCUUUUUGCCUUCUUGGAAAAGAUGGGAUGGUAUAUUGCCGACUGUUCAUGAAUCUUCUCAGAUACAUUUUCUUUAUUUCCUAUCAUUUCUUUUUGCCUUCUUGGGAAAGAUGGUAUAUUCAUGACUCUCAGAAUCUUCUCAGAUACAUUUUCUUUAUUUCCAUUUUAUCAUUUCAUUUUUUUGCCUUCUUGGGAAAGAUGGUAUAUUGCCAUUUGUUCAUGAAUCUUCUCAGAUACAUUUUCUUUAUUUCCUAUCAUUUCUUUUGCCUUCUUUGGGAAAGAUGGGAAAUUUCUUUUGAUGGUAUGGUAUAUUGCCGACUAUACAUUUUCUUUAUUUCCUAUCAUUUCUUUUGCCUUCUUUUGGUAUAUUGCCGACUGUUCAUGAAUCUUCUCAGAUACAUUUUCUUAUCAUUUCUUUUGCCUUCUUAUGGUAUAUUGCCGACUGUUCGAAUCUUCUCAGAUACAUUUUCAUUUCCUAAUUUCUUUUUCUCUUGGGAAAGAUACAUUUCUUUAUUUCUUCUAUCAUUUCUUUUUAUCCUUUUUUCUUGGGAAGGAAAGAUGGUAUAUUGCCGACUGUUCACAAAUCUUCUCAGAUACAUUUUCUUUAUUUCCUAUCAUUUCUUUUGCCUUCUUGGGAAAGAUGGUAUAUUGCCACUAUACAUUUUCUUUAUUUCCUAUCAUUUCUUUUUGCCUUCUUGGGAAAGAUGGUAUGGUACUGUUAUUUCUCAGAUACAUUUUCUUUUUUUUCCUAUCAUUUCUUUUUCCUUCUUGGGAAAGAUGGUAUAUUGCCGACUGUUUGAAUCAUCCUAUUUUCUUCAUUUCCUAUCAUUUUUUUGCCUUCUUGGGAAAGAUGGUAUAUUGCCGACUGUUCAUGAAUCUUCUCAGAUUCAUUUCUUUAUUUCCUAUCAUUUCUUUUUGCCUUCUUGGGAAAGAUGGUAUAUGCCGACUGUUCAUUCUUCUCAGAUACAUUUUCUUUUUUUUCCUAUUUCUUUUGCCUUCUUGGGAAAGAUGAUGGUAUAUUGCCGACUGUUCAUGAAUCAACUCAGAUACAUUUUCUUUAUUUCCUAUCAUUUCUUUUGCCUUCUUGGGAAAGAUGGUAUAUUGCCGACUGUUCAUGAAUCUUCUCAGAUACAUUUUCUUUAUUUCCUAUCAUUUCUUUUUGCCUUCUUAGGAAAAGAUGGUAUAUUGCCGACUGUUCAUAAAUCUUCUCAGAUACAUUUCUUUAUUUCCUAUCAUUUCUUUUGCCUUCUUGGGAAAGAUGGUAUAUUGCCGACUGUUCAUGAAUCUUCUCAGAUACAUUUUCUUUAUUUCCUAUCAUUUCUUUUUGCCUUCUUGGGAAAGAUGGUAUAUUGCCGACUGUUCAUGAAUCUUCUCAGAUACAUUUUCUUUAUUUCCUAUCAUUUCUUUUUGCCUUCUUGGGAAAAGAUGGUAUAUUGCCGACUAUACAUUUUCUUUAUUUCCUAUCAUUUCUUUUGCCUUCUUGGGGCAGCAAAUCAUCUCAGAUACAUUUUCUUUAUUUCCUAUCAUUUCUUUUGCCUUCUUGGGAAAGAUGAUGGUAUAUUGCCGACUGUUCAUGAAUCUUCUGAUACAUUUUCUUUAUUUCCUAUCAUUUCUUUUUGGGAAAAGAUGGUAUAUUGCCGACUGUUCAUGAAUCUUCUCAGAUACAUUUUCUUUAUUUCCUAUCAUUUCUUUUUGCCUUCUUGGGAAAGAUGGUAUUUCUUUUGCCUUCUUGGGAAAAGAUGCAGUCUAUACCGAUCGGUCCGAAUUGCGAUUGUUCACUAUUCUAAAUAUGGCGCUGGUGGUCAACAUAUGGAACCAGUUAAAUAUUCAACUUUCGACGCAACACGUCCUCCUAACUGGGUAGAUAUGCGUUGCACCUUUUUUCUGAAACUUUCAUAUCUAGUCCAACUCGGUACUUGCGUCUGUCAGCUUGUUUCUCUCAUUCGCCCCACCCCUUUAACCUAG